CCCGCAGCCGCACCCGCGCCCGCCCGCGGCCCGCACCCCGCGCCCGCACCCGCGGCCUGCGCCCGCACCCCCACCCGCGGCCCCGGCGUCUCCCCGCGAAGCCCGCGCCCCAUGUCGGCCGCGCCCGCCUACGGCGAGGACAAGGGCGGCUCCGCCGGCCCCGGGGAGCCCGAGUACGGCCACGACCCGGCGAGCGGCGGCAUCUUCUCGUCCGACUACAAGCGGCACGAUGACCUCAAGGAGAUGCUGGACACCAACAAGGACUCCCUCAAGCUGGAGGCCAUGAAGAGGAUUGUGGCGAUGAUCGCCCGCGGCAAGAAUGCCUCGGACCUGUUCCCCGCCGUGGUAAAGAACGUGGCCUGCAAGAACAUAGAGGUGAAGAAGCUUGUGUACGUGUACUUGGUGCGCUACGCCGAGGAGCAGCAAGACCUGGCCCUGCUGUCCAUCUCCACCUUCCAGCGCGGCCUCAAGGACCCCAACCAGCUGAUUCGUGCCAGUGCCCUCCGCGUCCUCUCCAGCAUCCGUGUGCCCAUCAUUGUGCCCAUCAUGAUGCUGGCCAUCAAGGAGGCUGCCUCGGACAUGUCACCCUAUGUGCGGAAAACAGCUGCCCACGCCAUCCCCAAACUCUACAGUCUGGACUCGGACCAGAAGGAUCAGCUGAUAGAGGUUAUCGAGAAGCUCCUGGCGGACAAGACCACGCUGGUGGCGGGCAGCGUGGUGAUGGCCUUCGAGGAGGUCUGCCCGGAGCGCAUCGACCUGAUCCACAAGAACUACCGCAAGCUCUGCAACCUGCUCAUCGACGUGGAGGAGUGGGGGCAGGUGGUCAUCAUCAGCAUGCUCACGCGCUACGCCCGCACGCAGUUCCUCAGCCCCACCCAGAACGAGUCCCUGCUGGAGGAGAACCCCGAGAAGGCCUUCUACGGCUCGGAGGAGGACGAGGCCAAGGGCCCCGGGUCGGAGGCGGCGGCCAUCCCGGCGCUGCCCGCACGGAAGCCUUACAUCAUGGACCCGGACCACCGGCUGCUGCUGCGCAACACCAAGCCCCUGCUGCAGAGCCGCAGCGCGGCCGUGGUCAUGGCGGUGGCGCAGCUCUACUUCCACCUGGCGCCCAAGGCCGAGGUGGGCGUCAUCGCCAAGGCGCUCGUGCGCUUGCUGCGCAGCCACAGCGAGGUGCAGUAUGUGGUGCUCCAGAACGUGGCCACCAUGUCCAUCAAGCGCCGGGGCAUGUUCGAGCCUUACUUGAAGAGCUUCUACAUCAGGUCCACCGACCCCACCCAGAUCAAGAUCCUCAAGCUGGAAGUGCUGACCAACCUGGCCAACGAAACCAACAUCCCCACUGUCCUGCGGGAGUUCCAGACCUACAUCCGCAGUGUGGACAAGGACUUUGUGGCGGCCACGAUCCAGGCCAUUGGCCGCUGCGCGACGAACAUCGGCCGGGUCCGUGACACCUGCCUCAACGGCCUGGUGCAGCUGCUGUCCAACCGUGAUGAGCUCGUGGUGGCUGAGUCCGUGGUGGUCAUUAAGAAGCUGCUGCAGAUGCAGCCGGCCCAGCAUGGUGAGAUCAUUAAGCACCUGGCCAAGCUCACGGACAGCAUCCAGGUGCCCAUGGCCCGCGCCAGCAUCCUCUGGCUAAUCGGGGAGUACUGCGAGCACGUGCCCAAGAUGGCGCCCGACGUCCUGCGAAAGAUGGCCAAGUCCUUCACGGCGGAGGAGGACAUCGUCAAGCUGCAGGUCAUCAACCUGGCGGCCAAGCUCUACCUGACCAACUCUAAGCAGACCAAGCUGCUGACCCAGUACGUGCUGAGUCUGGCCAAGUACGACCAGAACUACGACAUCCGCGACCGAGCUCGCUUCACCCGCCAGCUGAUCGUGCCCUCGGAGCAGGGGGGCACCCUCAGCCGCCACGCCAAGAAGCUCUUCCUGGCUCCCAAACCAGCCCCCGUCCUGGAGUCCUCCUUCAAAGAUCGGGACCACUUCCAGCUGGGUUCACUGUCCCACCUGCUCAACGCCAAGGCCACGGGCUACCAGGAGCUCCCGGACUGGCCAGAGGAGGCCCCAGACCCAUCUGUGCGCAAUGUGGAGGUGCCCGAAUGGACCAAGUGCUCCAGUCGGGAGAAGAGGAAGGAGAAGGAGAAACCCUUCUACUCAGACUCUGAGGGCGAGUCAGGCCCCACCGAGUCUGCAGACAGCGACCCCGAGUCUGAGAGCGAGUCGGACAGUAAGAGUAGCAGUGACAGCGGCUCUGGGGAGGCCAGCAGCGAGUCAGAUAAUGAAGACCAGGAUGAGGACGAGGAGAAAGGGAGGAGCAGUGAGAGUGAGCAGAGCGACGAGGAAGGUGAGAAGAAGAAGGCGAAGAAGAGGAAGAAGGUGCCAGAGGGGCGGGGCGGCGGCUCGUCCUCGGACGAGGGCAGUGACUCCAGCAGCAGCUCCUCAGAGUCUGAGACGACCUCGCAGUCCGAGGAGGAGCGGGCGGAACCUGCCUCCUGGAGGAAGAAAACGCCGCCCAGUAGCAAAGGCGCCCCCGCUGCCAAGGAGGUCUCCUUGCUGGACCUGGAGGACUUCACCCCGCCCAGCGUCCAGCCUGUGUCGCCCCCUGCAGUUGUGUCCACCAGUCUGGCUGCCGAUCUGGAGGGCCUGACGCUCACAGACUCCCCCUUGGUGCCCUCGCCGCUGAGUCCAGCCUCGGGAGUUGGGAGGCAGGAGCUGCUGCACCGCGUGGCUGGUGAGGGGCUGGCCGUGGACUACACCUUCAGCCGCCAGCCGUUCCCCGGGGACCCGCACAUGGUGUCUGUGCUCCUCCACUUCUCCAACAGCUCGGAUAACCCCGUCAAGGGCCUGCACUUGGGCACCCCCAAGCUGCCUGCUGGCAUCAGCAUCCAGGAAUUUCCUGAAAUCGAGUCCCUGGCACCUGGAGAAUCUGCCACUGCUGUGAUGGGCAUUAAUUUCUGUGACUCCACCCAGGCGGCCAACUUCCAGCUGUGCACCCAGACCCGACAGUUCUACGUCUCCAUUCAGCCGCCCGUCGGGGAGCUCAUGGCCCCCGUGUUCCUGAGUGAGAACGAGUUCAAGAAGGAGCAGGGCAAGCUGACCGGCAUGAACGAGAUCACGGAGAAGCUCACGCUGCCGGACGCCUGCCGGGGCGACCACGCCGUGGUGCUGAAAGUGACCGCCACCGCCAACCUGGGCCGUGUCCCCAGCGGGGCGGCCGAUGAGUACAGGUUUGCAGGGAGGACACUGACCAGUGGCAGCCUGGUGCUGCUGACCCUCGAUGCACGGCCCGCCGGUGCGGCCCAGCUGACUGUCAACAGCGAGAAGAUGGUGAUCGGCACCAUGUUGGUGAAGGACGUGGUACAGGCGCUGACCCAGUGAGGCCCAGCACGCGCCCUGUGUGCCCCGGCCCUCCCCAGGACAUCGGGCUGUUAGCCUGAGUCCCUCCCUGUCAUCAGACUCCUCUGCACAUGGCAUCCCUCAUCCCCGCCCCCCGCCCCCUCAUUUCCUAGAGAGGGAGGCGACCACUGCUCCCUCCCGCCCCGAUGGCUCCGUGUAGCUGGUGAUGGAGCAAAACCUCAAUAAAAGGCCUUCUCCCCGAUUCUGGCGCACCUGUCCUCCCUCCGGUUCUGUCGGGAGUGGGCUGGGGGA